UUUUAAGUACUUCUUACUUCCCCAAACAUCUCUUCACACCUAACUCAACAUAAACAAAACAAACAAACCCUAAUUUCAAUUUCAAUUUCAAUUUCAAACAACUCCAAAUUCCAACAAUUCAAUUUCCCAAUUUCAAACCAUAGCUUCUGUUUUCUGAGAAAGUGAUUUUGCAAAACGGCGUUUGAAGAUGGUUGCCGAAACCGAAUUUAUAUGUCAACAGAGCAUUUCUAUGUUAAAUGUCAAGUAUCAUCUUUGCGUUACUCAACAACACAACGUCAAGGUUGAUGUUUCACCCACCUCUCCUCCUACCUCUUCUCUUCCAAUCUUUGCACAUGCUGUGAGUUGCCCUGAGAUCAUUAAAGAUUCCAUAUUGGAGACCCCUGCAAAGAUGUUUCUCCCAAACGUGCAUUCUGGUAGCUAUACUGAUAUCGGACCACGGGGAUCAAUGGAUGAUGAACACAUUCAGAUAGAUGAUCUAGCUUGCCACCUUGGAUUUGUGUCCAACUACCCAAUGCCAAGUGCGUUUUAUGCGGUUUUUGAUGGGCAUGGAGGGCCUGAUGCUGCUGCCUUUGUUAAGAGGAAUGCUAUGAGAUUAUUUUUUGAAGAUACUGACAUGCUUCAAUCAUAUGAUACUGAUGAGUUUUUUCUAGAGAAGUUGGAGGAUUCUCACCGGAGAGCUUUUAUACGGGCGGAUCUUGCAUUGGCUGACGAGCAGAGUGUUAGUAAUUCAUGUGGGACGACAGCACUGACUGCACUUGUACUCGGAAGGCAUUUGCUUGUUGCUAAUGCUGGUGACUGUCGAGCAGUUCUUUGUAGGAGAGGUACAGCUGUUGAAAUGUCUAAAGAUCAUAGGCCAAGUUAUUUACCAGAACGAAGAAGAGUGGAGGAAUUAGGCGGCUUCAUUGAUGACGGAUAUCUCAAUGGUUAUCUCUCAGUAACCCGUGCCCUUGGGGAUUGGGACUUAAAAUUUCCACUUGGUGCUGCAUCUCCUCUUAUUGCUGAACCUGACGUUCAACUGGUUACAUUAACAGAAGAGGAUGAGUUCUUGAUCAUUGCAUGUGAUGGGAUUUGGGAUGUAAUGUCUAGCCAAGUUGCUGUUAGUUUUGUUCGCCGUGGAUUAAGAAGGCACAGCGACCCACAGCAAAGUGCCAGAGAUCUAGUCAAGGAAGCAUUGCGCCUAAAUACAUCAGAUAAUCUUACUGCGAUUGUUAUAUGUUUGUCUCCUGUUGAAAAGUUUGCUGAAUCAUGUCCGCCCCAAAGGCGAAGAUUCAAAGCUUGCAGUAUUUCUGAAGAGGCUCGUAAUAGACUGAAGAGCUUGAUAGAGGGGAAUUGACUGUAAAUGCAAUUCUUGUGAUUCACAAAUGUUUCUUUGAUUAAAAAGUUAAUCUGUUUUUUAGGCUGUUCAGAUAUAUGUAGACAAAGCAGUCAACAGUUUUGUAGGGAUAGAAAGUUAUACUUGGUGAGGGGUAAAGGAGGUUUAGUCUUGGACCUAAGUAUUUAACUGGAGGGGUGUUUAUGGGUUAUUAUGUUGGUAACUGUAGAGACAGUUGUAGCUAAAUUUUGGCGGAGUAGAUUAAAAUCCCUCAUUAUUGUGGUUUUGAUUACACAUUGUUGAUUGAUUCUGUAAAUAUAAAUGAUUUGACUUAGGCCAUGUUUGAAUAAACAACCUCGUUAAAGGCCUAUAUAGUAUAAAUGCUAAUGUAUAGUAAGUUUUAUCUAUAAUAAAAGCAAAUUGCUGCA